AACACGUUGAAAACACACACAUCAUGUAACAGAAAAGUUGUGUUGUUUCGGCAAAUUUUGUGUGUAAAUAAUUUGUAUAUCCGCCGGUUAAGCGAUUCUUCGUUUCAUCCGGUCAACAGCGAGCACUGCCACUAUGUUGCACAUAUGGCGCACAACAACUCGCUCCAAACGAACGGUUCCUGAGUUCGGUCACAUCCGGCGGAUACUGGAACCAUCGCCAUGCCGGCAGUUCCGUACACCCUGUCCGGUUCGGUAUUGCAGUGCCAACAAUGUACGGACGUUUGACACAAUGCUGUCCGCGAGACGUGCGGAAGCUAGAAGAAGCAUACUGGUGCAGGUGAGCUCGGAACGAUCGUACAACGAGUUGUACCACUACUGUUCCCAGUUCGGCACCAUCGAAAGUUCGCACCAUUACCGGGUGGAGGGAGAUGCGGAUGGCGACUGUCACUACAUACUGCUCGAGUUUGGCUCGACCGCCCAAGCGAACACUGCAAUGCAGUCCGGUGUUUUCAGUACCGAACGGCCAGGCGUACGAGCAAGGUCUAUUUUUAUGUGGUUUCGUACCGGUCCCAAACCAAAACUAAUCGCACGCGAAGAACCUAAACGACCACUUUCCCUGGUAGCCGGUACAAAUGCCAUUGAAGAGACGGAACUGAACAGUCUUCUCUCGUCUGCGGAAAGUAUCGACGAUCAAAUCACGAUACUGCAUCGUUUAACAAAGCUUAACGAUCUGGGCAAGCGGUUACGCUUUCUGGCCGUACGCCAGUUAGAAUCUUCACUGCAGGGUAUGUUCCCGCAAGCGGUUGCCCAUCCGUUCGGUUCCUCCGUCAAUGGAUACGGUCGGAUGGGAUGCGAUCUGGAUGUGAUCCUGGAUCUGGACUCACGGUCCGGUGAACCACCGGAUCGAAACUCGCGGCUAGUGUAUCACACUAAGGCAACCAAUCCGAACGAGCGCACACAGGUCCAACGACAGCUGGAAUCUAUCGGUGAUGUGUUGCAGCUGUUUCUGCCCGGCGUCAACAGUGUGCGCCGCAUAUUAAAGGCUCGUGUACCGAUCGUUAAGUACCACCACGAACAUUUGGACCUGGAAAUUGAUCUAACGAUGAACAAUACAGCCGGAGUUUACAUGUCGGAGUUGUUGUACCUAUUCGGCCAGUUGGAUGGGCGGGUUCGUCCACUUACAUUCUGUGUACGCCGUUGGGCACAAUCCGUUGGACUAACGAAUCAAACACCUGGCUAUUGGAUUACAAACUUUUCCCUCACCAUGCUGGUCAUGUAUUUCCUGCAACAGUUAGCACGUCCCAUACUGCCAUCCAUAAACCGGUUGAUCCAACUCAGCACGGCAUCGUCACAACAGCAUCUCAAUUCUCCACCGGUCACACGAUUCGGUGAAGGAGGAGAAGCGGAGUGGGCGUACACCUUUCUAAAAAAUCCUUCCAUUUACGGUUCGUUUCGAAGCGAAAAUGAGGCAACGCUCGAGCAGCUGUUAGUGGAGUUUUUCGAGUUUUAUUCACAGUUUGACUUCAAUCAGCGUGCCAUCAGUCUCAACCUGGGUUCGACCAUCCUCAAACCCGACCACAGCCCAAUGUACAUCGUUAACCCACUGGAAACGGUGCUGAACGUCAGCAAGAACGUUAAUCUCGAGGAGACGGAACUGUUCCGGAUGCAGGUGCGCAAUGCCGUGUGGCUGCUGGAAGCGCACGGGAAAGAAUCUGGUAACACCACAGCAUCACCGAGCGCCACCGAACCUUGGGGUCUCGUAAGUUUGUUCGGUCCAAAGCAACAACAACGCAUAACGCCACAAAUGUUCUUUACCAAGCGUAUGCUUAACGUUAAGGACAUCUUUGACGAGGUGCCGGUCGAUCAAGACACCUUGACCACAACGACCCAGUAUCGAAAUACGGCGGUUAAGAAUCAAAUCGCCGCCAUACAGCGUGCAGCAAAAACGGAAAUACAGAAGCUAAGUACGGGCGGUUCUCGGGUGGAAGCGAGAACCACAAGCACUUCGCUGGAAGGUACGGGUGUGAAGCUAAAGCGAAACACUAAACGACGGUGA